AUUCUCAGAGUGGUCGUGACAUUAACACAAAUAAUCUUAAUAGUCAUGCUGGCGUUAGUCAUACCGAUGGUGGUAAUGGCUACAACUUAAAUGGUCAGUUAAGCAGAAGUGAACAAGGUUAUGAUAAUGCUGCUGAUUCACCAACAUUGUAUACCGGACAAGAUAUACAACCUAUAGUUAAAAAUGUAAAAGAUGUAAAAAAAGUGAUAGAAAAUGUUAUUGUGAAGGAUGAAGUAAAGGAAGAUAAAGCUGAUAUUUUAUUACUUGUAGGUGACGAGAGUAAUGACAAUGAAACGAAAAAAAGAACUAAAGCUCACAAUUUGAACGAUGACGUUAUUUUAAAAAUAAAAGAUGAAUUAUAG